AUGUCUCGCCCCGAAGAUACUCUUCCCCCAGACCUAUUCUACAAUGACGUCGAAUCGCACAAAUACACAACCUCCUCCCGAAUCCAGUCCAUCCAGUCCUCCAUGACUCAGCGUGCACUGCAGCUUCUCGCCCUGAACUCGCCGUCUAUGAUCCUUGAUAUUGGCUGCGGCUCCGGCCUCUCCGGCGAGCAUCUCACAAGCUCCGGCCACAUCUGGGUCGGGAUGGACAUCUCUGCCUCCAUGCUCGCGAUAGCGCUCGAUCGUGAUGCGGAGGGCGACCUCCUGCUUGCAGAUAUGGGGCAGGGAGUUCCCUUCCGGCCGGGAACAUUUGAUGCUGCGAUCUCGAUCUCUGCGAUCCAGUGGCUAUGCAACGCCGACAGUUCGGACGUCUCUGCGAGCGGGAGGCUUUCAAGGUUUUUCGACGGCCUGUACAGCUCGUUGAAAAGAGGAGGGAAGGCUGUGCUGCAGUUUUACCCAAAGAACGAGACACAGAGAACCAUGAUCACUUCAGCAGCAAUUAGAUCUGGCUUUGGCGCUGGUCUGCUUGAAGAUGAUCCAGACACAAAGAACAAGAAGCUGUAUCUUGUUUUGACAGUCGGCGCAGGACGUGAUGAGGUUGUCGGGGAUGCUGUCGCAGGCCGUGAUGUCACCGAAGUUGUAAAGGGCCUGGAGGGUGUUGAUGUUAUUGAUGAGCGGAGAAAGGGAGGGAAGAGUGGGAAAGGCAAGGAAUUAAAGGGUUCAAAAUCGUGGAUCCUUCGGAAAAAAGAACAGAACAGGAAUAAGGGUAAAUCAGUGAAGGCAGACUCUAAAUAUACCGGGAGAAAGAGGCGAGUUGCGUUUUAG